AUGAAGGGCAAAGAGCCACAAACGGUUCACCGAAAAAUCGCCAUUCUUGGCUAUCGGGCUGUGGGAAAAUCAUCGUUGACACACUCGUUCGUGACGGGAUCCUUCUCGGAAGCGUAUGAUCCCACUAUCGAGAGCACACAGCACAAGACUAUACGUUUCCGCAAGGUUCAUUUUGCCACAGAUAUAGUUGAUACUGCAGGCAUGGAUGAAUACUCUCGUUUGUCUCGCAACGCCUCUCUUGGAGUCCAUGGAUAUGCUUUGGUAUUUUCCAUAGUAUCUCGGAAGUCUUUUGAAACAAUUAAACAGGUCAAUGAUUCCCUACUCAACACACUUGGAGAUGCUCCUGAUGUACCACGGGUGCUCGUUGGAAGUAUGGAAGACUUGUCUGAUCAAAGACAAGUGAGCAAACAGGAUGCACAAACUAUGGCCGAAUCCCUGGGCGUCCCAUACAUUGAAUGCAGCGCCAAGACGGGAGAAAACGUUGCGGAAGUAUUUCAUACGCUGCUAAAAGAGAUUGAAAAGGACGACGGCCUUCUAGCCGAAACAGGGGAAGGAGGUUGCCAUAUUAUGUAA